UAAGUCGAACCGUUAGGCCCAAGCGCCGUUCGUGCAGCGGAGCUAGGCCUAAACCCUUGGUCUGCGACGGCGUCGGGACACGUGCUGCUGGAGGACAAGGGGCAUCGGCGACGGCAGAGGCUGCUCAUGGUGUCCUGCGGCUUGGCGACGCUCGUAUGCGUCGCCACUGUGGCGGUGGCUGUGGCCGUGGUCGUCACGGCGACCACGCCGGCCACUACUGGCACGGCGACGUCGGCGGCGAAUACGACGCCAGCGCCUUCAUUCGUUGCCGAAGUUGACCGCAAGGCUCUAGAGGUGCCUUCGAGGAGACGCGAGGGCCCCAAGGGAGUUGCUGGAUUGUCCCGGAGGAAACGGCCAGAGAAGCGGAUUGGUCGUCAGACGACGCUGGACCCUCGGGAGACUUGGGCGACGUUUCUCCGUCACUCUGAGAGGACGCAGACUGCGAGACCCAAGAAGAAAGUGGAUCCCUCUUUUCUCAGAAUGGAAGGACCGCAAGGCCCCCCUGGUCCCAGAGGCCCCAGAGGGCCACCGGGUGCCAACAUCACACGAGAGGAUAUGUUCAGGGAAUUCAAGGGGCUCUUGCGAGAGGCUGCAGAAAGGAGAGCCCAAGUUAUGGCUGAAAUGCAGUGCAAGAACACGACAAACUGCUCCCUGCCUUUACCCGGUGGCGCGAACGGGAGUGACUCCCUGUUGCCGUGGCUGCCACCCCUGGUGGAGAUCGACCGCGCCAGCAUGCUGCCCCGAGCUCAGUCGGGCUUCUUCUGGGAGCUCUCGGAAGAGGUGCGAGCGCGCAAGGGCAAGGAGCUGCGCCUGCACCCGUUCCACAGGCCGUUCGCCGAGGGCAGCUUCGAGCGGGGCUCCGGUCUGAACGCGACCCGUGGCAUGUUCCGGGCGCCCUUGAGUGGACUGUACCUCUUCUUCGCCACGGCGUUCGCGACCCGGCCGAUGUCGGCAAGGGCUCUGCGUAAGCAGUUGGAAAUAUCGGCCAAUGGUGCAUCGCUGGUCGUGUGCGUGAACGCCAGGUGCCAAAAGAACCUGUCGCUACGCACUACGAGCGAGUUCAGUGAUGGCGAGAACACCAUGUCGCUGUCAGUCAACGGGCCCUUGAUGCUUCGGGCUGGCCAAGUUGUCUCGCUAUGGUUCCACAACCGGACACCGUACCAGAUUACCAUCCACGAAGGAUCGCAGUUCAGCGGUUUCCUGGUUGGCCUCUGAAGAUACCUUGCAUGAAGCGUGGCUAUCUGACAAUUAUUAUCAGUAUUUUUGCUCGCGCUCGUAAGCGCGCGUUCCUCUGUUAUUACUAAAGUGCUGAAAAUGCAUAGCUUUGGCGCGAUCCAUCUUUCUCGGCAUUUUUUUUUCUUUACUGUUACAUGUAAUCACGUUAGACAUCCGUACUUUGAGUAAACUCUGUGAGGCAAAGCGUCGCCGAAACAGCCUUUUAUUAUACUUGCUUAUCUUUUAGACAUAACUACUAAUCCACCUGUUUAUAUAGCCACCACCUUUUUCCUUUGCUAACCUGGUUUGUCAACUAAUAAAGGCGGUCUGGCUAUGUCCCCGUGAA